AUGACAGAAGGUAUUGUGCAGCCGAUCGCAAGAUUCGACCCGUUCGCAGUGAGGCACACAGAUACCGGACUCGUUGAGCUGCCGAAGGGCAAAGUGGUCGGCUGCUCGUGGCAAGUGGUUCGGAAGCUCGGCGAGGGCGGAUGCGGAAGUGUGUACUUGGUGCGGAAUACGGAAGACGAGACGGAGGCGGCGAUGAAGGCGGAAUCGAACGGAGCCGGCGGCGGAUGUGUUCUCAAACUGGAAGUGGCCAUUCUGAAGAGACUUUCCGGACGGCCGCACGUGGCACAGUUGAUAUUCGCCGCAAGACUCACUGACUUCAGCUAUAUCAUCAUGACUCUUUUGGGCGAGAGUUUGUACAAGAUUACCAAGUGAGGAGAAUGUGAGCGUCGGUUGAAGUGUAUUGUUCGAUUCUAGAAGACUUGGACGGCAGUACACAGUGUCUUCGCAGGUCAGAAUUGCUGCGAAUGUGCUCUUCUGCAUCAAGCAGAUCCAUGACGUUGGCUUCAUUCAUCGGGAUCUGAAGCCUGCGAACAUUGCGCUCGGAUACAAUACGAGCACGGAAGAGUGUCGGUUCUUUCAUAUUCUCGACUUCGGACUCGCGCGUCAGUACGUCGUCCCGCAGACGGAUCAGCCGAGCAAACUGGUGAUGCGGAAGCCUCGGGAACGGACACACUUCAGGUGAAAUGUUCAGGUGAUCCAAUUGAAUACCGCUCGUUAAUUUCAGAGGAACAACACGUUACUGCUCAAUCCGGAUGCAUAAUCGUUUGGAGCAGGGAAGAGUUGAUGAUCUCUGGAGCAUGCUUUACAUGCUCGCCGAGCUCAGAGGACCACUUCCAUGGGCGGCACAGAUGUUUCUCAUUUUGAAAGGCUCUCAUUGUAUGGCGAAUUUUCAGUGACAAAAGACUGGUCGGGGAAAUGAAGAAGUUGUACACCGAUGAUAUUGUCCUUCAGAACAGUCCAAUUGAAUUCCUCGAGAUCGCUAGUCAUCUGAGGUUUGUUAAAGUCUUUUCAGACCCUUUCAACUGUUUUCUUAAUUUGCACAGAAGCUUGACCUACUUCAGUCGUCCCGAUUAUCACAAGAUCUACAUGAUAUUGAUGUCCAUUAUGGAGAAGGGAAAAUUCUUGUGGAACGAUCCGUUCGAAUGGGAAUUACCGUAUGAAAUUGUCGCGUUCCAAACAAUCAUUCAAUUUCUAGACCUCCGAGAGGAUCAUCUGCUUCGCCGAUCAAAAAAGUCGAGAGACGGACAAAGCGAGCAAAGAGAAAAUGGGAAAAGAGAAAAAUAGCAAAGAAAAGUUGA